AUGGCGUGGAAGCUGUUACCGUUUAUAUUACUAUCGGUGCUUGGUGUGGCCAAUGCUAGCACCCAGGCAAACGAGAAUGACUUCGAGAAUCACCCUUCCACCAAGAGGGUGCCGAUGAGAUCAUUUAGCUUGGCCUCGCCUUAUCUAGAUUCCGAUAUGUCGAACCGAUGGUUUGAUUUUGGAGGAGACACCGUUAUCCGUGCGGACCGAUACAUUCGUUUAACCGCCGACCGACCAUCCCAGAGUGGCUGGAUUUUCUCUCGUGUACCCCUCACUGCAACCAACUGGCAGAUCGAGGUUGACUUUGCUAUCAAUGGCGAGGGAACUCUCCACGGUGACGGCAUGGCUCUGUGGCUCACGGAAGGUCGUGCAAACCAAGGCCCGGUUUUUGGAUCGGCGGAUAGAUUCAAGGGCCUAGGCAUAUUCAUUGAUACCUAUAAGAAUGGUCGACAAGGAAUGACUUUCCCACUGGUUAUGGCUAUGCUUGGUGAUGGCAAGACUCCGUACGACCAAGCUAGAGAUGGUCAAGCCAACGAACUUGCAUCAUGCUCGGCUCGGGGAAUUCGCGGCUCCUCAUACCCCACAAAGCUUCGUCUUACCUACUUCCAGGAUAAAUAUCUCGCUCUCGACUUGCAGUACAAGUCAGACAUGGCCUGGACCUCCUGCUUCAAGGUCCAAUCCAAGCCCGACUCUCCGAUUAACCUACCAGCCGCCGCCUAUCUCGGGUUUAGCGCUGAAACAGGCGAACUCAGUGAUACCCAUGAUAUUCUUGAAGUCGACGUAUUCUCCCUCUACACUAAGCAAGGCAGUGACAGCACCGGCCCAGGCCAGAUGGCUCAGUCUGCUAACCAGAGAAACGCCCAGAAGGAGCAGGCAUACCACGCUUCGAAAAGUGGUGGUAGCUGGCUAUGGUUCCUCUUCAAGGUCAUACUCUUCUUCGCCGUUGUGAUUGGAGGAUAUGUUGGAUGGACUGCCUACCGCACUGCUGUGAGCAGACGGUUCUAA